UGAAAAUGGCGGAAAGGGAUGACUAACUGGGAAGUGAACUGUUCUUGAAACACCCGUUGUUCUUUGGUGAAAGGAGACAUUUACUAAGCUGACAGCAAUCGACAUUAUUGCAAUUGCAGAGUCGAUCCUACACUUAUGUGUAGUGUUUGAGUGGAUUUUAGCAAUUGCUAUGAGCGGUUAUGUGCACUGAUUAAACUGAAAGCCAAACACGCUGCUUACGAUGAAGUAGUGAAGGCACACCUACAUUUGGCGCAGCUGCGUCUGUUAAACUUGAUUACUGAAUAAAUUGGAGCUAUUACACGUUGAAGAUGGACAGGAAGGAAAAGGAUAAGAGAAACAGUUUUCUGGACAAGGUUGGUGGAACUUUCCGUCUCGGAAAGGACCGGAACAAACAGAAGAGUGUGUCCAGCUAUCCCAAACAGUACAUUGAGGAUCAGAAUGGCAGUCAAGCCGAGCCGUCGUGGGAGACCACUGUCAAGGGUUAUACCACCGACGAGGUCAACGCUAGGUUCGAAGUCAUUUUGGAUGACAUGAACCUGACUGAGGAGAAAAAGGCUCCAUUGCGUUCCCGAGAUGAUAACUUGAAGAGAUCCAUGCUAGUGAUGCAUUACAAGGGCAAGGCAAAGCCUCGGAAAGGAGAGCCUGACCAGGCAGAAGAUUUCAUCACACAGUUGCGGAAUGCAGAUCUCAAAGGAGCGAAGCGCCUCAGUGUGUUGGAGUCGCUGCGGGUGUCACUCACCAGUAACCCUGUCAGCUGGGUCCAAGGCUUUGGAGAACAAGGACUCAAUGCUGUUCUGCGUAAUUUGACAUACUGCUGUGAUUCGAAGGCUGAAAGGAGAAGCACCUACGAGUGUGUGCGAUGCCUAAAGGCGUACAUGAAUAAUAAGUUCGGUUUGAUGGAAAUAUUAAAUCACGAAGAAGCUUUAACCAUCCUCUCUCGGACCGUCGACCCCUCCGACCCACAAACCAUGCUUGAAGCUGUUCGUCUCCUUGCUGCCAUAUGUCUUGUUCCGCCCAAUGGACACGAGAGGGCUCUGGAGGGCAUCACAGUGUGCGGGGAGAUCCGGAGCCAAGAGCGUUUCAUCCCUAUCAUCAUGGGGAUGGGCAUGAGGGACAACCUCCCUAUGCAGCUUGCCUGCAUACAACUUGUCAAUGCACUUGUGAGUACGCCGGACGACCUCGACUUCCGAUUACAUCUACGGAAUGAAAUCAUGAGGACAGGCAUGAUCGACCUGAUGCCGACACUAGAUGGGCAGACGGACGAUGAGGUAAAGACACAGGUCCAGAUCUUCCAUGAACACAAAGAUGAAGAUGCUGAAGAGUUCUCUCACAGAUACGACAACGUCCACAUGGAGAUAGACGAUUCCGGCCAGUGCUUCGAACUGAUUGCUGCUUCCAUCAAGGACACCGUGUCGGAGCCCUACUUCCUGUCAAUCCUGCAGCACCUGCUGACUAUCCGAGAUGACCUGUACUCCAGACCCCAGUAUUACAAACUCAUAGAGGAGUGUGUCACCCAGAUAGUGCUGCAUAAGAGUGGCGUGGAUCCCGACUUCCGGCACACCAAGAGAUUUGAAAUAGAUGUCGAACCUCUUCUAAGUAGUUUAUCGGAGAAGUCCAAGUUUGAGGACUCCAAUGUGAAUAUCGGGGAGAUGAACACAAAGCUGGAGGCAGCACUGACGGCCAAGCAGGAGUCGGAGGCCAAGGCCACGAGUCUGGACGAGAAGAUCAAGGGAUAUGAGCAGGAGCUGGCUCAACUCAAAGAAAAGAUUUCUCAGGGAAUAGGGACAGUUGUGAGCAGUGCACUGAACAAGGGGCCUGGUGGUGGCCCUCCCCCACCCCCAGGGGGUGGCCCGCCCCCACCCCCUCCUCCCCCUCCCCCACCUGGUGGAGGUCCACCACCCCCACCUCCUCCUCCACCCCCUCCUGGUGGUGGCCCACCACCACCUCCGCCCCCACCCCCUCCAGGUGGGGGACCUCCUCCGCCCCCACCCCCUCCCGGGGCGCCCCGACCACCCGGAGCUUUCAGUCCCCCUGGCGCCCCCUCUCCCCCAACAAACGUACUACCAUUUGGCAUGCAGCCCAAGAAGAAAUACUCUACAAAUACACAGACCAAGAGGUUGAACUGGAACAAGGUGAAUGCACGUGUGUUGGACAAAGACUCUCUGUGGGUGAAGAUAUCGGAAGAAGCAUUUGAAAGUGACAUUUUGUUCAAGGAUCUUGAAGAAUGCUUUGCUGUGAAAGCACCAGCGAAGAAAGAGACAAGUGAAAAUGUGGACAUCAAACCAAAGAAGAAGUCGAAAGAAUUGCGUGUGCUGGAUCCUAAAGCAGGACAGAAUCUGUCUAUCCUCCUGGGGUCGAUCAAGGUGCCAUAUAAGGAAAUAAAGCGGCGGAUCCUGGCCAUUGAUGAUGAGAACUUGUCGGAAGCCAUGUUGGAACAACUGCUGAAGUACAUGCCUACGCCGGAGCAGAUGAACCAGAUCGCCAGUAUGAAGGACCAGUAUAACGAUCUCGCAGAACCCGAACAGUUCGCGGUGGAGAUGUCGACUAUCAAGCGAAUCACUCCUCGUCUCACCUCCAUGCUGUUCAAGAUGAGAUUUUCUGAGAUUGUGGCUGACAUUAAGCCUGACUUGGUGGCAGCAACAGAGGCGUGUGAAGAAGUGAAGAACAGUAAGAAGUUCGCCCGUCUGCUGGAAUUCAUCCUCGUCAUCGGCAACUACCUCAACGCCGGCUCUCGGAAUGCACAAUCACUUGGCUUUGAGAUCAGCUUCCUCAGCAAGUUGGACAACACCAAGUCUCAGGAUGGGAAGACAACUCUGAUGCACUUCCUGGCACAGACAGUUGAAGAGAAACACCCAGACCUAGUUGGCUUCAUGGAGGAGCUGACACACACGGAGAAGGCAGCUCGAGUGUCUGACGAGACGCUGCAGAAGAACCUGAAGCAGAUGGAGAAGCAGGUGAAGCAGCUGGACAUCGACAUCAAGAACAUCAGCAAGACGAGUUCUGAGGGAGACAGGUUCGCUGAGGUCAUGGAGGUGUUCAUUAAAGUUGCCAGCGAGCAGCACGACGUCCUCAGUACGAUGUAUAAGAAGCUGGACUCCCUGUUUAAGGAGCUGGCGAAGUAUCUGUGCUUCGACACCAAGAAAUACUCAGUUGAAGAUUUCUUUGGAGACCUAAAAAAUUUCAAAGAAUCGUUUAAUAAAGCUAUGAAAGAGAAUGCCAAAAUGCGUGAGACGCAGGAGAAGAUACGACGCGCCAAGGAAGCCAAGGAGAAGGCAGAGAGGGAGAAGAAGGAGAAGAAAGCCAGGCAGAUUGCGAUACUGGACAUGACCACAGAUGAUGACCAAGAGGGCGUGAUGGACAACCUGCUGGAGGCACUCAAGACAGGGUCGGCUUUCAGCGUCAACCGGGAGAAACGAGACGGCAAGCGCCGGACACCACGGGCAGCAGGGGCGGAAAGGAGAGCUCAACUCGCACGGUCGCGGUCUCGACAGAACCUCCUACAGUUAGACAGUUCCACGGUAAAAGAAAUAAACUUUGACGAAUCCCACGCUAAUGAGAUUCCGAAUCAACCACCCGAGAAGUCACAGGAACCCGAAAGAAAGGAGAGAAGACAGCAUAGGAGACGCGAGAAAACACAAGAGGAAUCCGAGGCUGAAAAGUUGCUGGCUCGACUUAAGGAAUUAUGAUAGCCUCGUUCUGGAUUCAAAAUGGUCGCUGUUGUGGUCAUGUGACCUAACCAAGUGCAUGCUGGGAUAUGUUACGUCAUGUUAUGAUAUGUUCUUAUGGAUUGAAGAUGCUUGCUGUCGUUGAUUAUGCGACUCUUAACCAAGUGCAUGCUGGGAUAUGUCAUGGAGUAUUCAAAAUGUAGGACCUGCCUCUGUGUCUUGCGACGACCUAUCCGUGUCUUCUAGGCACACCGCAUGAUCAUAAAAUAGAAAGUGUUCUCGGUAAAAUGCCUUUCUCCUGGAAUUGGGCAACUGUGAUACAAUGAAUUCAGUUUGUGGAGUUGAUGUGGGUCAUGUAGCAGAGGAAGUUGUAGCUGUCGUGAGAAUCUCACUCGCCAGGUCCGACGUAGCUUUUAUACCUGAUGUUAUAUACAGUUCUGUAGUAGUGACAUAUUUUUAAGAAUUUGUUCCAGGUGUGCUAUAUUACAGAUCUUUCAAAUAAUUGCUCACAUUUCUAGUUUGGAAUUGGUUGGAUCUAAGGACUCCAUGUUCAGCCUGUGCCCCAAAUAUUUCUGACUGUUAGCCCAGACUUAUUUUUGAGCUUCAGUACUGGUUACUUUUAAACAUGUAAAUUGUUUUGCCAAUGUACACUAGCCCAUCUGAAAUGUUAUUAGACGCAGGCUUCGAGCUAGAGGUGAAAGGCACAGACUGCAUGUUUCUGCCAAAUGAGGAUUUGAAUCUGUCCUUGCAGCCAGGAGCUGAAAUAUUUUGUUCUGUCUUUAGGUCACACUAAGACCUUUGUAUUUUCUGAUUGAAGUCGGUAUGAUCGUUCCAAUCGGCCAUCUUGUUAAUGUUGUUGUAGUUGGGACCAUGUGAAACAACAGACAGGAGUUGUUUCGAUUCUAUUGAUAAUGUUUCAAUUGGCAGCUGACGCCUCGCCUUUGUUGUUGACCAUGUCUUAUGCCAACCAAUCAUUUUGCUUUAUUUUGAUGUUGUCAUGGUUACGCUUGUCAAACUAAUUGCAUCCAAGUCUGCCAUACAUGGUAAUCAGUGCACAAAUACAUAUGCUGAUGCUAAGACAAUGAUAUUAGAUAUGUUAUGGACUGAAAUCUUCCCAAAACGUUUGGGAUUGUAUUUCAGUGUAUGUGAAGAAAUAUCUGCUGGCACAAACGGUAGCAGCAACUUUGUCUUUUGUUAAGGGAACUGGUUAAUAUGCUGAUUUUGAAAAGUACUCAUUAAAUACUCAGUGGAGAAUUACAAAGUACUUGAAAGAAUUGAAGAAAGACCCAAACUCAGAUGGACAUUAAUUUUCUUGAGGUUGAAAUGACAUGUAUGGCUACUUGCGUGUACAUUCCACUAGCACUUUAAUAAUUUACUUGUGACAGGUAUGUGUGAGUUUCUCACAAUCAAUCUUUUAAUCCUUAAAGUUAAGGAUUGUAUUGUACAAGGGAUUAUUUUGUGUGAGUAAGAAUUGGUCUGAAAGUGAACUUUAAGAUGAAAACAGUGCUUGAAGAUGACUAGUUAUUAGUGUCCACUGCCUUGCGGGCCUCAAAGUUUAAAUUUUUACCAAGUAGCCAUAUGGCUACAAGUAUUUUUUUCCAGGUAGCCAGUGGUAAAUCAAGAAGUCAAGCCAAUAUUGUAGGUAGCCAAAAGCAUUUGAAAUUAUCUUUAACAAAUAACUACUAUAAUAUGUACAAGUUACAGCACUAGUCUUGAAAUUGUAUCUCAAUGGAAACUGUACUUGAAUUUUGUUACUUGUGACUUGAACAAUGAUGCAAUUUAUGUUACUAGAUUACAUAGGUAUAUCCUCGCUUAUUCAAUGAGCAUUGUCAACCAAAAUAAAGUACUAAUUACAUUAAUUUGUAUGUAUUUUGGUUCAUUGUCGACUUUAGAAGGAAUUAUUUGUGAGUACAAUUAUUAGCAGACAUGUUUUCCAAUAUCAGCUGUUAUUUAUUUUUGUGUCUACAUAUGUGUAGCAAUAGAAUUUAGUCGCCACAAGACAUUUUUCUUGGUGGUCAUUUGGCUACCUCUGAAUUUUAGACAGUAGACAAACUGAAAUUUAGGUUGCAUUGGCUACUGUUUUAGUCGCAACUUUGAGGCCUGCCUUGGAAGCUUCAGGUAAUUGAUUCAGGAAAUGAAAAAAUAGAUUGAUCAGUAUGCCGAUUUAUGUGGCUAGACUUCCAUUCGGGAGUAAACAGGAAGUAGGAGCUGGUCCACGAGAAAAAACAACAGACACUGUCUCCCUCCCAUAUUCCAGACAAUCACACAGGUGGAUGAAAGGAUGGAGAAGUUCUUUCUUGGUGGGCUUUACCUGAAGUUCUGUUUCUGAAACCUCUGUCCAGAUCAUUUCACAAAAUGAUCUUAGUAUUAGGACAUAUUUCAAAUACUUAACAUAGACUUACAACAGCCGUAAUUCUGAGAUCGUUAGAACUAAGCCCUGGAGAUAUAAACCUCAGCAGUUAGGUAGUUGCACUAGUAUCCAGGAAAGUAGUACCUGUUGAUGGGACUCCUUUGACUUAUGGUAGAAUCCAUAUUUGCAUUUUGAAUAAUAAAUUUGGAUCGAUGCUUACUAUGUUGACGAUGAGAAUAUUUCUUGAGUAUUAAGCCCAUUUCAAGAUCCUGAUAUCUAUACGUAUAUUCACCCUGUGAGAUCCCAGUAGUUAGAGAAUACUCAUGUAAGGUGGUGCAUUAUUGGUACUCUUCAUGACACAGCGAAAUGAUACAAGGAACAAAGAUGUUCUUGUUCACUGUACACAGACCUGGCAUCUGUAUAUUAUACUUUCCUGAAGGCUUAUUUAAAUGAAUUUGUAGAUACUCUCCAAAUAUCUGUACAUUUUGCUUGAGUCAUGGCUUUAAGAUGCAUACAAUCUCCCUAGUCUGAAGGUAAUGUACAUAUAGAAUAUGGGCUAGGGGAGGUAACUGUAAAUGUGUAUAUUUCUAUCACCCAUCAUUGCAGGUAGUCGCAUGUUUAAUCACCAUUUCUCAAUGUUGCUCUAUCGGCCACAUGUUCAUCUGUUAAGCUGAUGCCUGUUGUUGAGCGGUCACUACACAGACAAAAUCAAAUUCGAUUUUUAGAGUAAGCAUGCUGACGUUUUGUUGAUCUGUGCCCUGUUAAAUAUGUAGUGUUUAUACGUACAAAAGAAAACAUUCAGUUUAUGCUAUCAUAACUUUAAAAUGAAUUGAUUUUCAUUGGUCAAUCAGAGGUUUCAAAUCUCAAUAUCAGACACUGUCUGCCAUAAUUUUCUGUUUUCUUUCAAAAUAGCUGACUCUCACCUUAAAAAUUCAAUUUAGGCCGAUAAGUUAUCUCUGCAUCUAAAGACCAUUUGUAACUCCUAUAAUUAAUCCCCAGGAAUAGGGUGUUAUUGAUUGAAUGACAGAAUAAAAUUUGUAUAAAAAUUAGUUGCUUAAGUUCAGGUGGUUACAAUUUGCAGAUCGGUUAGAUGCCAGUUCGCACUUUCCUGUUGUCUGUGUAGAAUCAGGCCCACAACACAGGACCCAGGUUAUCUCCCUGUAUUUACAUUUUGCUCUCACCCCUUCAGUUAUCUCCCUUGUUUUGUAGCAUGCAGCAUUAUGUUAACGUUAAGUUUUUGUUCUUUUGUUUUUCAACACGAAGUCAUUCAUUGUUGAGAAGGUAUAAUUGCCGUUUCAAGUCGUCAAUACACAUCGCCAGAAUCCAAUCAUACAGUGAUCACCAUGAAGCAUAACAAGGGCAAAGAAAUUUGUUUCGGCUUUUGCUCAGGAAACAAUUAUUUGUUGAAGAAAUUCUCAGUGCGGCUUCUGGUGCUAGUUCACUUCAUUAUUAGGUUUGGAUGUUUUAGGUCUUGUUAGAAUUAUGUGGUUGGCAUUUAAAAAAGGCACAUUAGCUAAGUUCCGUUUCAAAUGUAGGGUACUUUAUUUGAGAAUAUAGCAUAAGCGAACUUUCUCAGGAAUAGUCUGAAAAACUGUAGAAUGAAAAAGUUUUCACACAUGUAGCAUGUGCUAUCUGUCAUUGAGAAUAGUGUUUUAUGGUGAUAAUUUCUCUUUAGGAAAUAUUACAGUUGAAUCUCGUGUCAAAGUCGCUAAUAAUAGUCACAGUUCAUAAUGCUUUUUGAAGACCGGUACAAUCAGGUUUUACAUCUUCAGACAUUGCUAUGACGUACAGCUAGAAGUUUCAAAAAUGGAUCCCCAAAGGAUCUUAAACACUGUGUUGAUAUUUAUUGUAGCUGGUGACGGACGAUAACACUUUUCAAGAGCACUCUGCAUUUUAUGUUUUCCAAUAUUCCCAACAAUUUUGAAACAUUUUAAAAAAAUUUCUUUUCAAGGUUUUUCAUAAAAGCUAGGAUGUUGUAAUUAUUUGGGGAAGCUGCAUGAAAUUGUGCAUCAGGAAAUAUGGUCUCAGAUUACAGGAAAUUCUCAUUUCAGUUUCCAGGAAGACUGCUCCCAGUCCACCUAAAAAUAACAGUUUGGCCUUGCACACAAGUACUGAAGUAACGAAGUACUGAGUAUUACCAAGGCAGUAAUAGAGUAAUUAGGAUCCUAUUGAGAAGCAUACUUAAAACUGUGAAAGUCAAUAUGCUGGUGAUAUCUGCAAGAUUCAUAGCUGGGUCGCCAAUGUUUUUAGUCAAUCUCAUUCCACCUUUAUGUUCAAGUCUCUUGGAGGUGGUUUAGCGAGAGAAGGAAUCGGUGGAGAGAAUUGCACAAUUCUGGUGAAAGUCAUUAACGCAGUUCUGACAUUGUUAAUAUUUGGUGGUAUUUGAUAUUAAUGGUAUCGCCUUUGACCAAAUUCUUUAUUUCCUGUAGUUUUUGUACAAUAUCCUGAGCACCCUUCCUCUCCGUACAUUGCUCAACAUGGUGUUAAGGUCUUUCUGUUGAACCGCCGUGUCUUUCCUCUAAAGAUGAGGUCUGCAAAGUAAAGUAUGGCAUAAUGCUUUGACAAGGUUUUAUGGUCAAUAUUUCUAUCUGAAAUAUCUGUGAUAAUGCCCUAGUUUUGUGAAUGAGUUUUUGUGUUAAAGUAAUUGGUUUAUUUAUUAGUCAUACAAUGCGUAUGCAGUGCAAAAAAUUGAUUAGCAGAGAUUUUGUAACAGGCACUGGCAGGUAACUUAAAAAAAAGUUAAUUUAACAUUGGCAGUAACACGCAAAUGUCCGGUUUUGCUGGUAUGGGAGUGACCAUUUUAUAUUCGGCCGGGUUUUUUGUUUGAGACAAAAGAUUUUUAAAGUCGGCACUUCAAGAUGUACGCUGCUUCAUCUGGAAGAGGAGGCAAACUGUCUUUUCGGACUCACAUCUCAUUCUAUUCCAUUACUACCAGCAUGUUGGGCAAAUGUUUUGUUGUUAAUUUUUUUUAUUUUCAGUGGCCUUUCAAAAAAAUAUUGGAAAAAAUCCCAACCAGUCCCAGAAUAUUAAAUAGUCCUCUAAGUGUGGCAGGCCUUGUGUUUAUUUAAGAUGCUAGUUUUUGUUUGGGGUGAACGUCCCUCCCAGACUUCCGUCUAGAGCAGUGAUGGUGCACGGGGUAAGGAGAAAUCUGGUUUACUGUGCAUUGUCAACUCUUUUGUACAAGGGAGCCUGCCAAGUGCUCUUUGGUGCUGCAGCUUGAUGUGCGGAGUUAUGUCCCUUUGCCGUGUUCGGAACCUUUUGCACGCUGAUCAUGCUGAAACGUUGUAGAAAAUAAGGGUCAUUCCAAUUCUGAUUGGUCAUUUAUGAUAAGGAAACAUACGCUACUGAAUAAAUUUGGCUAUUUUCUUUUUUUUUUUAGAAUGUCAGGGAUUGCCCUGGCCAGGCUUUGGAAAAUUGGCUAUCCUAGCAGGUUUGAUAGUGUUUCAAACCUGAUAAUGUCACAGUUUUAACAUAGAGACCUGGACUGGAAAUGUGCACGAGAUGGUGGAGCAUAGCUCACCUUUAAAGGGAACUAUUGAGCAAUGCCCAAAGGCCAGAAGACCUCAAGUAGCAUAUAAUUAUAAUAAUAAUAGGCCAUUUAUUUUGCGCAUGUUUCCACACCGAUCAGGGGCAUGCUCAAAGUGCUGUUAUUACUCUGGGCACUGAAUCAGUGUGCACUCUAGAAUCAUUCUCAGCUCCCUGGGGAGUAUACAACCCAAGCUGCCUGGAUACUUCACAAUGGAACACCGGUUCUCCUCCUCAGUUAGGACUUAGGUGUGAAAUAACCAGUGGUGCUAUAAAUGACAUGAUAUUGUUAGCCUCGGUUUGAUAUUAAGCAGCAUUUAUGACGAGUGCUUGAUGACUACCUUUUAAGGCCAAGAAAGACAUAAUGGAGAGCUCUCAGCAUCUCAUGCACCAUCACUGCUUCCUCGUUCUUCCAUGGUUUGUUUGGAGCUGUGCCCGAUUCCUGACUGUUUGAAGCUGGGUAGUUAUGUGUAUCACUUGCUGCUGUUGUACUGUGUGGUCUAUGAUAUUCUGCCAGGUCCUAUCCAAACUCUCCUUGCCAUAAGUCUUGUUUUCGUUGCCAAGUUUGAUGUGUCACUCAUUGAAACAACAUUGCUCAAAGAUAUUCAGAUUAUUUUGUCAUAGAAGGAAAAGCCACAUAACUUUCUGAUCUGUUAAUGAUUUAAUCAGGCCAGACCAAUUUCAUUUCUUGUUUUACAAAUCAAUACGCUGAGAUACAAGGCUAACUGAAAACAGUCAUGAUUGGUAGUGGUUAAUCCCUUUUGAAAGAAACAUUAGCAAAGAAGGUUUAAAUCAACAUUUGAAUCAAUAUAUAUAUUUUACUUUUGCAAAUUUAUGGUUUGGCUUGUUUGUAGAACCAAAAAAAAUUUCAUCCAGCCUCUAGAAUAAUGUCUAUCAUUGCAUUGUUAGUAUAUUCUUCUGAUGACGUAUUGUUAUGAUCGAGCUGCUGUAAAAAAUGACAAUCUUUUUCAUUUUCACACACAAAAACGGAAAUCAUAUUGAUUCGUCUAUUUUCGUGUGAUUUUAAGGUAUGACAACAGAACAUAUUUUUGCCAAUUAAUUGCAUAGAUUUUGACUCGUAUCAUACUUAAAAUAUGGGUUGAAACCAUGGUGUGUCAUUUCUAUGCAUCCAGGACACCACUUGAUUGUUGCCAGCGUGUCCUAGCUUGUAGCUUGCCUAGAUAAAUAUGGUGGAAAACCAUAUGGUGGAAAGUGCAAUCUUAGUGCAUUGUUUUAAUUAUAUUAUUGGAUAACUUUGAUAAUAUUAUUUAUCAAAUUGGAAAAAUGUUACCAGUUGUGUAACAACUUAAUGGGAUGUAAAUUGGCACUAGGCCGUUAGCCUGAGAUAAUAUUAUUUAUGAAAAAUGUUUCAGUGUAAAAUAACUUAUUGUGUCUUAAGGGAUACAAAUUGGCACUAGUAUGCUAACCUGAGUCAGUUUGUAUGUUAUUGCAUUGUGAGGGCGAGCAACAUUUCAAUCUUUACAAUGGGAGUCCGUAUAUUUUGGGACUAUUAGGGCUAGAAUAUGUUUCUGAAUUAAUUGCAUCCCUGUCAUAUGAUUAUGACAAGUUUUUCUUGAAGUUAACAGACGCCUUGAAUGGUAUACCUCGUAUUUUAGGGCUAUAUCUUCUGCAAAUAUUACAAAGAGAAAAUUAUUGAAUUGUUACAAUAUCAAUUUCAUAUUGGUGAAAAUAAAAAUCCAAUUUAUACAAUAAACAUUGGUGUGCAGUAUGGUUCCAUCUGACCAAAGCAUAUUGGAUUGAAUGAGAAAUAUUCAUGAAAUGGAGUUUUUUGGGGUGUUUUUGGAGGUUAUCUGUUUGUGGGUCAUGUUAAACUGUCCUUUAGCCAUAUGCCUCCUGGCUGAGACAAUACCAAAUAUCAUAGAAACAAAACAUACUCAAUACCUAUAAUAAUCUGGCAUGUAUGCAAUCAUAUUGUGUAUUUCAUAGAAUGGACUUAGCUAAGAACUUGACAUCAAUAGCUUUGUAUGUGAUAUAGGAUUCCGUCGUGUACGCCAUACUGUGCAACCUUAAGUCAACUUACUUCUGUACAUUUUCUAUGAAAACCUUCAGUCAUUUCUACCAGUAGAUAUUCUGGUUCAUUAUGAAUACAUCAUCAAUAAAUAUUUUAUAAUGUU